CUCGCGUACACGGACUCUGCGUAUAUAUCGUAUUUCCAUCUGGCUCUUCUCUCUGGAAUACCUGUUGUCAUUCAACUGGCUGGGACACAGCGAUACCAACCCACUCACCGUCCUUGGCGGGCGCCGUCUCGUCUUCUGCGCCACAGACCCUGGCACGCAUCUAGGAGGCUCCAGACGAAGGAGGAUCGAGGGUACAUCCUCUGGAUGUGAUAUCCGUCCAAUGGACCAUGUCAUAAGUGUCAGCUCUCGCGAGAGUACUCCCGCUCAAGGUCGCCCUUCACAUACCGCUCACGGGAGCAGCGCUCGUUCGCGUGCAAAGCGCGCACUUCCGACCGGAGACGUCAUCGAACUCACAGAUUCCGAUUCUGAGGACCUCCCGGCGAAUAUUUCGCACCUCUUUCAGCCGCAGAAUAAACGACCCCGCCCGAAGGGUAAGGGCAAGGCACAACUCAGUGUUGCAGGCCCGUCCCGAAAACGCGACGAAGCGCCCGCAGCUGCGGUACGGGUACCUCGCGAGCCGUCUCCUGCAGCUCAACUGCCUUUGUUUCUUCCCGACCUUGACGCCCCCGAAGAGCUGGCCCCCGCGUUGGAACACGCGACCGUGUUCGACCUAGGUCCUGCUCCGCCACCGGCCCCAAUCGCCCCAGAGCCGCAAGUUCCAGUACCUCCAGCGAUACCACACGAAAACCUGCUGCAGGACGCUCAGGCUCCAUUCGAUGCCUACGUUGCGCAGAUCAUGGAGAUCAUUCCGGACGUUCUCCCCGCACAUGUCUACUCUCUGGUCGAACAGCACUACCCCAACUAUCUAGACAAGGUCGUCGAGCCGGUAUUACAUAACCUCUUCGAGAAUCCCGACUACCCGAAGGCGGAUGCGAAAGGUAAGGGAAAGCGUAAGCGUGACGAAGAGGAAGAGCAGGCGGGACGCGCAGUCAAGCCCAAGAUCGACUAUGGCACCAAAGAGCGCAAAUGGGAAGGCGGUAUCUACUACCACGCGCUUGCGAUGGACCAAUUGAUAUCCGACUUUCCCGACAUCCCGACCGCCCACAUCCGCGAGACCUUUCAGCAGCACAACGUCCUCUAUGCGCCCACGUUCUUUGCGCUGCGGGAACACCGGACACGCAAACCAUUGCCGUACAAGGCCAUCUCACGCCCGCGCCCGAAAGGAAAGGGCAAGGCGAUCCAGCAGCACGACGCGGACUUCGAGCGCGAGCUGCAGUGGGUGCAAGAGAAGCUCGAGGAAGAGGACGCGCAGAAGGCGCGCGAGCUCGCGGAGGAGGCGCGGCUGCAGGCCGAGGGCGGGAUCGAGUGCGGGUGCUGCUUCUGCGAGUAUCCCUUUGAUAAGAUGAUCCAGUGCCCGGAGGCGCACCUGUUCUGCAUGUCGUGCAUGGGCACGUACGCGGAGACGAAGCUCGGCGAGCACGACGCGCGGAUCGUGUGCAUGGACCAGUCCGGGUGCAAGCUGCCGUUCCCGGAGAGCGAGCUGCGGCGGUUCCUCUCACCGAAGCUGCUCGAGCUAUACGAGCGCGUGAAGCAGCGCAAGGAGAUCGAGGCCGCGGGGCUCGAGAACCUCGAGGAGUGCCCGUUCUGCGACUACAAGGUCGUGAUCGAGAACGAGCAGGAGCGCCUGUUCCGGUGCGAGAACGAGGCGUGCGGCGCGGUGACGUGCAGACAGUGCAAGAAGCCGGAUCAUUUGCCGAAGAGCUGCCAAGAGGUCUCCGAUGACAAGAAGCUUGAUGUCCGGCAUGCGAUCGAGGAGGCAAUGACUGCCGCACUCAUGCGCAAUUGCCCGAAAUGUCAGAAAGCAUUCGUCAAGGAAUUGGGGUGCAACAAAAUGACGUGCCCGAACUGCGGCUCACAAUCGUGCUAUGUCUGCCGCCAGCUCAUCGUUGGAUACGAGCACUUUGGGAAUCCUCCGCCAUACACAGGCAAAGUCGAUCCUAAGAAGUGCCCACUGUGGGACGCAUCGGUGGAAGGACGUCAUAGCGACGAGGUCACCGCUGCCGCCAAGGCCGUCAUCGACGAGUACAAGCGCACCCAUCCCGAGCUCGACGAGAAGGAUCUCGCGGUCGACCUGCCCCCGCCCCCGCCCGCCGCCGGUCCCUCUCACCCAGGCGUGCGCGCACAUGCACACCUACACCGCCCCAUCCCCGCGUUCGGUUUCGACUUGGGUGCCGUGGGUGUGGGCCGCCUGGAGUUCGGCGCGCACGGACAUGCGCACGGGAACAUGGUAGCCCUAGCCGAGUUCGUGCAAGCGCACCCCGCGCCGCCCCAAGCCGCACACGCGCGCAACGCUCGACGUGCGGCCGAGCGCGAGCGCCGCGUGGACCUCGUGAGGAUGUGGCAGCGCCAGGCGCAACAGGCGCGGGAGGAACUGGACGUCGCGCAGAGGGAAGCCGCGCACGUGCUGCGGCGGGCGGCGGCGCACCCCCCGGUGCAGAACGUGCACGUCCACAUCCACCACAACCAGGCUCCCGCCCCCGCUCCCGGCCCUGCCCGCGCACCUGCGCCUGUGCUCCCACAGCAGGUGUUCUUCCCUCCCGCCCACUUUCCUGCGCCGCCGGCUGCACCGGUCCCUGCGCCCCCUCGUGGUGCGCCCUACGUUCAGGUUCCUGGCCCUGCGCGUGCGCCGGCGCCGGCUGCGCGCGCACCAGUCGCGCAACGACGGUCGAGGAGGGUACAGGGACGGCGCGCUCACCUCGAUUAGGCGGGCGUGUUGUCAGCUCUGGGCGUGGAUUCGUCGCGAGACAAGCGAAGUGCUUGGACGGACUCUGGAGAAGCGCAUCGAGUCUUGGAAGCUGCGCGUGCGGGCUUCGCAGCAGGCUUAUCGUAACUGUGCCCGCGUCGCGUCGCGACGCAUCAGCCCGCAUCCUAUCGUACUGUACCAAAUUAUUCUCUUCC